AUAUAGUAUGACUGGUACAGAUAAGAAACUUCUACAGAUUAGAAACUGUUCUUAUUGCCUUAUUUCAUAUUCUAAUCAUUUGUAACACUGUGUUUUUACGGUGGAGGUUUAACCGAAAUCAUACUUCGAAUCUGAUACAGCAAACUCCAAUUUUGUUUUAUUUCCUGAAGAUCUCAUGAUUUGAACCAACAGUGAACAAACUAGUGCAUGGCAGAUUAGGCUACUUUUAUUAUGACGACUGAAGGCCAUUCUACGCACUCUGGGAGCUUCACGGAAUCAGCUGACCAUCUGCCAAAAAAGCCUUUACAGGGAUUACAAGCAGGUAUGGAAACAGUCAGUCAGAAGGACCAAUCUUUCCAGGAAUCAUUGCAUCCCAAGAGAAAAGGCAAGCAAGGCCCCAGGUUGAAUUCUUUCUCUGUGCAUCAGCAUACAGUUAUGGCAGGGAACAUAGCAGCCUUUGAAGUACAUUCAUCAGACUUUCCAGAGCUGGGGUAUGGAAUGGCUGGCUGUCCCAUUGAUCCUCAGACAUGCAAUAGUCCAUCUGCUCCAUAUGUUACUCCUGCAGUCAACCAUUCAAAAAGCAAAGGCUUUAACAGUAAAGGAACCUAUGAUGUCACGGUUAACCAUUUGGAUUGCAAAGGAUUGCAACCAGUGCUGCAGGAAAAAGAAACUAGUCAACAGACUUCCUGGGCCAAUGUUGCGUCCCUGCCACCAAAGAAAACUUCUCUCAAUAGUCCUGCCAUGCCAAGUGGAACAACUGAGAGUUUGGAUAAAAUAUCUCAAAAUACAAAGGCAAUUUUGAAGAAGAAAAAAAAAAGGAAGAAGAUACAUCAGUUGACCUCAGAAGAUACUGACAUGGAGAAGGUUGAUGUUUUCAUACUAAAAGAACCUCCCAAAUUUGAAGAUAAAGAGGAGUUCCCUGAACUGGUUGUAUCACCUGCAUAUCUUCGCAAAGUUCGAAGAGAUUUCCAAACAAGGCCACCCAAAGAUAUGGCGCAACAUGAUGGAUUACCAUUGUCACAAAAAGAGGUCACUGCACAGCAAUUUGAAGAAAAAGUGAACACAAGACAGAAGGGACAAGGGCAGCGAGCAGAGAAACCCAGUGGCAGAAAAAGUAAGAACCCUGUGCAGUUGGAUUUGGGGAAUAUGCUUGCUGCAUUGGAGUUGAAGCAGCAGUCCCAGAAAGGGAAACCAGAGCAGAAGCCGGUUACAUUAUCAGUUGGAGGUGCGCUAUCUGCGACACAGAGAGAACCAUCCCAUCAAAAGAAGCCAUUGUGGGUACAGGACAAGAUUGCUCACAAUCCAUUGGACUCUACUAGUCCUCUUGUGAAGAAGGGAAAACAGCGGGAAGUCCCUAAGGCAAAAAAACCAACUCCUUUAAAAAAGGUCAUUCUGAAAGAACGUGAGGAAAGAAAGAAAAAACGUUUGCUGGAAGAACAAGGUUUAUCCCCAUCUACUCUAGAAUUUCAGAACACAAGCUUGGAUGCUACAGAAAGCCUGUGUAAUGUGGAUCAACCUGAUUCUCCAGGUGAGAUCAGCAAUCUUUUUCUUGAUGGUUCUGAAGCGGAUCAACCUCAUGAAAACACCUUGAUGGAGGCCACCAUUCCACAUCAUCCUAAAAUCCAUAGUAGAAAAUUCAGAGACUACUGCAGCCAGGUCCUGAGUAAGGAUGUGGAUGAAUGUGUGACCAACCUGUUGAAGGAGCUUGUUCGCUUUCAGGAUCGCCUAUACCUGAAAGAUCCCAGGAAAGCCCGCAUUAAACGCCGGCUAGUAAUGGGUCUACGGGAAGUUCUCAAGCAUCUCAGGCUUCAUAAAGUGAAAUGUGUCAUCAUCUCACCCAACUGCGAGCGCAUUCAGUCUAAAGGUGGUCUUGAUGAGGCUCUCUACACCAUCAUCAAUACAUGCCGGGAACAAGACAUUCCCUUUGUUUUUGCCCUUUCUAGGAAGGCUCUGGGUCGGUGUGUGAACAAAGCAGUUCCUGUCAGUCUUGUUGGCAUAUUCAACUAUGAUGGAGCACAGGACCUCUAUCAUAAGAUGAUUGAGCUAUCAUCUGAAGCAAGAAAGGCCUAUGAUGAUAUGGUUGCAAGCUUGGAGGAAAAAUCCCAAGACCAGCUAGCAAACAUUACUGAACCAGCCAGUAAUCCAUUGCCAGAGGAGUCCUCUGCUUCACCAUGUGCUGAGGAGCCAGCAUACAUGACACUGUGGAAGAAGAUGCUUGAAAAGGGACACAGUGACCUAUCGCUGGACAGAGAUGAGAGGUUUGCCAGUAUCAACACUGAAGAUUUAGAGCCAUUGAAUGAAAGUAUGACUACUUGUUUACUGCCAGACACCAGAUAAACUAGCUGUAAAAACUAUGAUGAACCUUGUGUGCCUCAGAAUGUUUGAAUAAUGCAGAUAAUAUGAUUUAGUAACCAAAAUACACACUCAGACAUAAGUAGAUGUGAAAGCACUGCAUUCAUGAGAGACUGUGAUUAUUGUAAAGAAUUUAAUGUGUUUAUAUUUAGAUUGUAAAUCUGUUAAAAGUGUAAUAAAGUACAAGGAAUACCUUGAAGAUCGCCUUGACAUUUUAGAUAAUGUAUAGAGAAAUGG